CCAGAAACUCUCCAGCACAAGCAGUGUGCUUUCUGCCGAGAAGGAUGAGUCUGCGGCUCCCAAACCCCGCACCGGCAAGGUGGCAGCAGAGGGGAAGGAGGAUAAAGCAGAAACACCAAAGCAGAAGUUGUUAGACCUGAUUGGUGAUAUGAAAGUAGAAAUGAGCUACAGCAAGAAGCUUCAACAGUUAAAAACACGCGAGGUCAAAAAGCAAGCCACGGACAGUGGGGACAGGGAGGGUGCUGUGCCUCAGAGAUCCACGGAAGGCGUCCAGCGAGGCAAGCCUUUAAAUCCAGAAUUGGUGGAGGCAGCUUCUGCAGUUGCCUCUUCCCUGCCACUCAACAAGAAACAGACAGAAUCAGAAUUGCUUGCACAGUUAAGACGGCAUGAAGAAAUCACAGACAAACAGAAAAAGGGGACGACUCUUGACUUACGCAACGUUCUUGCCGAGAUGGCAGUCAAGAGGCAGUCCCCAGCGCAGCGAGGCGUGAGCAUAUCCAACCGCAUUUCCCUGGAUUUGGAUGAGGACCUUCAAAGGAAGCCUGGAAGACUAUUACCUCAGUCUCUUGUCUCUGGAAGAAGUCUCAAAGUAGGAAGGAGGCUUAAUAUAUUCACUAAGGCUUCUACAGCAGCACAAAAUGCACUGGAAACAGUCUCUCCACCAACAAUUUGGGAUCUGGAAUUUGCCAAGGAGAUUGCAGCAGUAACUGCACAGCCUCCCCGGAACGGCUUUGAGGAGAUGAUCCAGUGGACCAAAGAAGGAAUCCUGUGGGAGUUCCCAGUGGACAAUGAAGCUGGCAUGGAGGAGGAUGCUGAGUUUCAUGAACAUAUCUUUCUGGAGAAACACCUGGAAGGCUUCCCCAAGCAAGGGCCCAUUCGCCACUUCAUGGAGCUCGUCAUCUGUGGGCUGUCCAAAAACCCUUACCUCACUGUUAAGCAGAAGAUUGAACAUAUUGAGUGGUUCCACAAUUAUUUUGAGGAAAAGAAGGAAUUUCUUCAAGAGAUUUGAGACUUGGGGAAGUGCUUAACCUCGAAAUGAAAUAGCCUUGUGUCAGAAGCUGAUGAUUUCUUCUAAUGGAAGCACUCUCAAUGCCUGAUGUG